AUGUGUGGCUCCACGGAACAGGAUAAUGAGUGGGAAAAAGAUUGGGAAACUUUCUUUAGGGAGCGAAGGAUAAAACCAAUGUUAAACAAAUGUUUGGAAAACAACCCGGAUGAUUCUGAACUGCAUAAACUUGGUGAAACUGUUAUCAAUAAAGUUAUACAUCACCUGCUUAAAGAUGUUGAAGUUAGGCCUGUACUAAUUCACGGAGAUCUUUGGAGCGGGAAUUGGGGUAUUGAUUUAAAUGAUGGUCCAGUUGUAUUCGACCCUUCCUCUUAUUAUGGACACAAUGAGAUGGAAUUUGGAAUUUUGACAAUGUUUGGCAGUCCAGGGCAAGCUUUUUCAAAGAAUAUCACUCACACCAUCCACGCCAAGAACCUGGAUUUGAGCACAGACAAG